UGGAAAAGAACAGAAAAGCUAGUGAAAAAUAUUAGUUUUCAUUUGGCAGUCAUACCAUUACACAAAACAAUCAGUCCCAACAACUACAGAAAUCAAACUGCAAAUUUUUAAAGGAAAUUGUAAAACCAGCCAUUCAGACAGGAUAACAGACAAAAUUAAGUUUGAUCAGAGAAGGCGAUACAGGUUGAACACCGUGGUCCCCAUAGCCAUCAAUGACAACUCCAGUUCCUAGUCAUUCUUCUAAUUUGCGGCUGAAUCUUGACGUAUGACAUUUUUCCUGUACGAAGUUGUUCAAUCUGUUUUGUUUGAGUCUACUGUAACUGUAACAGUAUUUUGUCUUUCGUUUAUUUACUUGCUGCUUGUUCUAGUUUCAGAGUUUGCACAUCCAGGUCUUUGCUCCCGCUGUAAGAGGGAGAAGGGCCUCUGACCUGAAUACAUUAAUCAAACAGGAAGCACUGACAAGGACUGCAACCGCCUUACAAAAAGUGUAAUAACUCUUUAGUAGAGAGAAGGUUUUGUGGAUUUAUGUAGGUAUUGUGCAGAUGUUCAAAAUUUUCUGCAAGAUAAGAAUCCUGUUGGAUUUUGGCAAUCCUGCAGGAUAUUUUGAGAUGUCCUACAGUUACACUCACUGUCCUGCAGAUUGUAAAAGUUGUUAAUUCAUCAGAGUAAUAAUCAAAUGGACUAUUGUUUGGUUGAAAAACUACUUAAAAAUCAAAAACAUUACACCAGUCACAGUCCAAAUGUUUUAAAUGCUGUCUUAUCUUCUUCUACAUGAAUGUAGAAUACUAAAAUAUACCAUAUUAUCAUAUAAUAAUACUAACAGCAGCUACGAAAAUACUAGCCUAGUGCUAAUGAUAUUAAAAACCAGCAUAUAAGGGCUUACUAAAACAGUGAAACAAUGGGAGUUAUGGGGUUUUCCCUACAGAUCAUAAGAAUUUCUGCAUUAUUUUGUGUAUACUGUUGUUGAGUGCACUCCCUGGAGACACUACGCCAUCUUGUGGACUAUAAUCACACAAGCCUUCAGAGAAAAUACUCCUGCAUGAAGGCGAGGCGGGCGAACAUGCUGCUGAAAAGCAGAGCAGACAUUUCCUGCUUUGACACUGCAGCGCUCCGCAAUCAGGUCCUGCCUGAUCUUUAUCUCGGAAAUCUCAAAGAUGCACGCGAUAAGGAGCUGCUGGCACAACACAACAUCACCCACAUCCUGUCCAUCCAUGACACAGCUGCACCCGUUUUGGAGGACAUGACAUACCUUUGUAUAUCUGCUGCAGACCACUCCAAGCAAAACCUGAUGCAGUACUUCAGAGACAGCAUCAUGUUUAUCCAUGAGUCCAGGAUGAAAGGAGAAGGCUGCCUCGUCCACUGUGUGGCAGGAGUGUCCCGCAGCGUGACCUUGGUGGUAGCCUACAUCAUGACGGUUACGGGCCGCGGCUGGGUGGAGUCUCUGGCGGCGGUGAGGGCAGCCAGGCCGUGUGCGGGGCCCAACCUGGGCUUCCUGCGUCAGCUGGAGGAGUUUGAAAACACAGAGCUGACACAAUAUCGGGCCUGGUGGAAGGAGCGGUACGGGAAGAACUCAUUCAGUGAUGAGGAGGAGGUCGGAGCUCUUUUGACUCGCAAAUCCAACGGCAAUGCCUUGACAACCGGCGUCACACCGGCUCUGGCCACAAGCGGCACCUGAGCAAGUCAUUACUAACUUCUUACAUCAGCACAAGAAGAACAGUGGGAGUGGCUGCUGCUGCUCGGGCCACGAAACUCACAAAGACCGGCAGCUGCAUGAGAAAAGAGGAUUUCUGCCUUUCAUUAUCAAUCCUGACAAAAAAGUUAUUGAUCUCCCCCCCGGUUCAGAAUCCCCCCCGGCUGAGAACGGCUGGACUUGGGGGGAAUUUUAAAUGCCAGUCUAUCAGUCCCCUUUGACAUGAUAUGUUCUUGCCCCUAACUGUCAAAACAACAUGCAAGGGCAGUCAAGCAAGACCACAAGAAAAUAUGUACAUACUGUCCACAGUGUGAACACACAUUUAGUAGUGUGCACUCCCCCUGUCAGUUAUGUUAUGCUGUGUCUUGUACUUGAAAUAUGAGUAUUACUUUCUGUAGAAACAUACAGUAUUUUCCAGUAAAACUGUAUUGGAAGCGGUGUUUCUUUAUUUAUUGCGUUAUAUAUUAUUGAAAAGUUAAAAAAAUUGAAGUUUUAUGUUUUAUUUUUGUGUUGCUAAAGUGUGCAUGUUCCAAAGAGGACUACAAGAAACAAUGAUUCAUUCUUUUUCAUGUAAACAGAUGGUGGAUUAAAGAUUCACGCCUACGUUUCUGAUCCAGCAAGUUUGCAUUGUGCUUAAUAAAAUAAUAACUGACAUGAGAUAUAACUCAUCAAGUGAAUAUUUCUGUAUCUAUACAGAGAACUGGUUCCCAACCUGCGGGGUCGGGAUCCCUACAAGGGUCACAUGGUUAUUAAUAACGUAUAGAAAAGCAGAGAAAACAUCUCUGCUGUACACAAAACUAUAUUAAUUUCAUUAUAUUUUCCUCUGAUCUUCUUUUUUAGCUAGUUUAAAUCAUUUCAAGUCUUUUAAAAAAUUGAAACAAAACAAGAAAACAAUCUUAUCUUUGGUUGAUUGUCAGUAAAAGUUCUGCAUUCAAAAUUUUACUUAAAAGAAAAGCAAAAAAGUAUCAUUAGUGAAAUGUACAUAAAGUAUCAAAAGUAAAAAUACUCAUUAUGCAUUAAAAUGCUCCCUGAGAGAGUCUAUAAUUGGACUGUUAAUGCUGAUGCCUUAAUGUGUAAACUGUAUCUACUUUAUAUACUGUUAGGUAGUUUAAUCUGUAACAAUCCAUCAUAUUUGAUAAUCUGAUUAUAUAAACAUUGUAAUCAGUUAAUGAACGAA